GAGACUUGGGGUGCACCCAGGGUUUUUCGGCCCUGACCUUCGGGACCGUGUGUGUUUUGGAAGAGGGACCAAGGCUGCUCGAUAGGCCCGUGUCACCUGGUUUUCUUCCCGUCCCUCCUUCUCCAUCCCGUUUAAAGCCGCCGGCGGUGCAGCCCCCACCACAGACGAAGCGCUGCCGUGGUCCAGGAUGAUGCUGCAGCUCGUCCUCCUCGCCGCCCUCGCCCUCUGCGGGCGCUGCUCCGAGCAGGAUCUCGAUGGGGUGCAACGGGUAGUCGGUGGGACCGAGGCACGCACGCACGCCUGGCCCUCCCAGAUCUCCCUCCAGUACUACUCCAGCGGCAGCUGGCAUCACACCUGCGGAGGGUCCCUCAUCCAGAGAAACUGGGUGAUGACAGCAGCCCAUUGCGUGGAUCGUAACCGGAACUUCCGUGUCGUGGCCGGCGAUCACAACCUCUACAGGAGUGACGGCAGCGAGCAGGUCUUCAGCGUGAGCAAGAUCAUCAUCCAUCCCUACUGGAAUAGCAACAACGUCGCCGGGGGCUACGACAUCGCCCUGAUCCGCCUGUCCAGUUAUGCCACCCUGAACAGCUAUGUGCAGCUGGCGGUCCUGCCCCCGGAGGGAUCCGUCCUGCCCAACAACUACCCCUGCUACAUCACUGGCUGGGGUCUCACCCGCACCAACGGGCAGCUCUCCAGCGUCCUGCUGCAGGCGUACCUGCCCGUGGUGGACUACCAGAUCUGCUCCAGCUCUUCCUACUGGGGCUCCACCGUCAAGACCACCAUGGUCUGUGCCGGCGGUGACGGUGUGCGCUCCGGCUGCCAGGGUGAUUCAGGCGGUCCCCUCCACUGCGAGGUGAACGGGCGGUACCAGGUCCACGGCGUCACCAGCUUCGUCUCCAGUCUGGGCUGCAACGUCAAGUACAAACCCACCGUCUUCACCCGCGUCUCUGCCUACAUCUCCUGGAUGAGGAGUGUGAUGGCCCAGAACUGAGGGGUGGCAGGAGAAGAGCCCGGUCCCCACGUUUUGGUCAGAGGGGUUUAAAACCUGUAGCUGGCAUCAAUAAAAUCUGUUCCUCUCUCUGGCGUG